GGGCCUUCAAGCCAACACAUUCUCGGGAUCCAUCCCUCCCUCUAUUGCCUUGCUGAGCGAUGUGGAUACACUCGACCUGAGCGGCAACCAAUUUUCUGGUCCCAUCCCUAACGAGAUAGGUGACCUGUUGGCCCUCACCAGACUUGAUCUUUCGGGCAACAAGCUUUCGGGCAACAUCCCUUCAACCUUGGAAGGACUCAACCUAUUAAAAUCCCUCUAUCUGCACUCCAACAAGCUGUCAGGGACAGUGCCCUCCUUCCUAACGGGACUUACAGCACUCACAAGCUUGGCUCUUGACAACAACCGCCUUACUGGACCGAUUCCGUCAAACAUAAGCUUCCUCACGGACCUGGCAGUCCUCUCCUUGUCUCGCAACCAGCUCUCUGGGCGAAUCCCUGAGUCCAUCACCAAUCUCACCAGCUUAUCUGUCAUUGAUCUCCAGCGUAACCUCCUGGAAGGAACAAUUAAUGAGACCAUCGGGAGCCUUUCUCAGCUGGUUUAUCUGUCGCUGGCCUCCAACCAGCUGUACGGCCGCAUUCCUGGGAGCUUCACCAAGCUCACACAGCUCACAUUCCUAGACCUCUCCAACAACAACCUCGCGGGCCCAAUGGAGUUGCCAGCCAUCAGCACUCUGCGUGUCUCCAACAACUUCUUCUCCGGCCCUCUGCCUGAGGGGGCAUGCCAGGCUCGCAACUUCGAUGCCAAUUGCUUCACUCUGCCUCCUGGCUGUGCUAAGGUGGUGCAGCGGCAGGAAGCUGAAUGCAACUCGUUCUGCGGUACCUCCUCUGCUGCACCUUCGUCCUCCGCUCGUGCAAGGGCCGCUGCUGGUCGUGCAGGUGGCGCUGCUGCGUCUACUACUGCUGCUUGCGGUGGUAACGGGAUCUGCGUCCCCAACCGGGCCAGCAUGAUCCCGAGCUGUUCUUGCGACGAGGGGUUCGUAAAGCUUGCGAGCGAUACCUGUGUUGCCAAAGGGGAUAUUGGAAGCUCUACAGUCAACCAACCCAUUCUCCCUCAAGCAACCGCGAUUACCAAGGGGACACAAAAGGAGAAUAAGGGCGCCUUCACUGCAGCUCCUGUGCCUCUGUUUCUGUAUGAGGCAGGGUCGACAGCGACAGGGUGUGGAACGCAGCUGGCCUUCAAGGCCAAUUUCACCUUCUCCAUGUCGACUGGAACCUUCCGUGGGGGGAACAAUGGGCUUGCCUUUGUCGUCUCGGCAACGGACCAAGUGGGGACUGGGGCUGGUGUGGGGUAUGAUGGAAUGGACGAGCGGAGCAUAGCGGCCAGGAGACUUCCGUAG